GACUGGGAACGAAUGACAGUUGAAAAGUGGCGCGCUGACCAGUUGAUCGCCAGCAAUCAUGGGACCAAGAAAGGAGUGCGGGUGAGUUCAGUACCUAAUUUAACAGUUUGUUUACUCGGAUUUUACUCCUACAGAAGUAGCGCUUGUGUCAUUCGACAAGCCAACUUCAAAUUUAGUUUCACUAGAUGCCGAAAGAGCGAGAUAGAUCGCACCAGGCUAAUGAUCAAGAGCCUAGAUCGCAUAGAUCUUCUUCGCACAGACAUCGAAGCCAUAAACACGACGAGGGAAAACAUCGAUCACAUCGCCAUAGGCAUACACCAUACCAUCGUGAAAAAGAACCUCGGUCCUCAACGCAUAUAUAUUUUAAUGGAUCAGAUAAUGUUCCGGCAGUUUCACUGCACACGGAUCAUGUAGCUUUGGCUUCGAGUCUGAGUUCCUUAAUGCAACAAAAUGGCGGGAUGGCACAAGUGCUUGGGAGUUGCUAUGAAAUGCUGGAACGGCUACGGAGCAAUCAAUUAUUUUAUCCUGGCACUUCACGGCAGAGUGCUACUACUUGUACGAGCACUGAUGGCCGACGAGGAGUGAACCAUUCUAAUUUAGCAAACGUGCCAAGAUCUCCGAAAUCUGUUGCAAAGAAACUUGAACCAAGUUUUAGUGGAAUCUUGGAAACAUAUAAGACAGCAAGUCUUGUUCCAGCAGCUCAAACCAAGGCACGAUUGCACCAGAGCUUGGUGUCCCAUACUGAAGCCAAACUAGACUCUAUAGACAUCUCACUGGUAUGUCCACUGACUCGUUCACGGAUGGGGACUCCAGUGCGAGGAAGGAACUGCACACACAUUCAUUGUUUUGAUGGAGAAGCUUAUCUCCAACUGAUGUGGGAGAAGCAUGUUGAGAAGUGGAAAUGUCCAAUUUGUAAAUGUCUUGCACCUCUGUCGGAGUUAGUUGUUGAUGGGUAUAUCAUGGAAAUAUUAGAAGCAGUACCUGGGGACGUGAAGAGCGUGGAAUUCACUUCAGAUCAAUGUUGGCAAAUAAAGGGAAGAGAUUGCUCAUUGACAUCAAUCGAUAGAUCUUCAAAUGACUCUGAUCGAGGAAAUAAUGCGGUUAUUGACCUGACAUUUGACACUCCCAAGAAAAGUGAUCAGAAGAAGUUGUCAAAUGUUGACAGCAACUUUGACAAGGAUGGUCCUCCUGUGAUUGAUCUUACUUUGUCUCCUUGAAUAAGUGUAUAUGGAAACUGUGGUUCAGGUUGGCAUAAACAUGAAUUGAUCAAUGAAGUCUUCAACAUUAUGGGAAAUGUUCCUAGGGAUAUGUCUUAAACUUAGAGGUUAUAGUUUAGGUGACAAUUGUUACUGCUUCUCAACUUCAAGAUCAUUUUUCUUGAGGUAUAUUUGGUUUUAUUAUUAUUAUUAUUAUUUUUUUUUUUAAAUUAACAUGUGUUUUAUUCAAACUGUCUUAAGCUAGGAGGCAAUGAUAAGCUUCAUUAAAUUCAAGGUUGGCACAGGGGAGUCAGUUUUUUUUUUCAAAUAGGAGUUAAGCACGAGUUAAGAGUUAACCACUUAAGAAGCAAGUGUACACAUCAACAAAUCUUUCUCAGUGCCUGGCCUUCAGUGAAAACCUUGGAUCACUACUCAUACACCCACCUUGAUGAAUAUUAAAUCCUUUGAAUUUUUGUGACUUUGUGGUAACAGUAUAUUGUAAAGCAAAUAGGUAAUCAAAUAUAGGAAAUCUUCAGAAGGAAUUUCAGUUAUUUUGUUGAGUUAAAACAGACAAUCAUACACCUUUGAAAAGUGUUUUUGAUAAGAUUUGAAGUGGGUGGCUUCCCUGGUACACUGAGAGAGGCUCGUAACAACUUCUUUCAAACAGCCCAUUUUAAAAACUACAAGUAGCUGGUGAUUCCAGGGGUUUCACUGAGGGCCGGGCACUAGCUGUAAGGAUGAUUUUCCCUUCCUGUUUUGACCAUCUAAGGGAAAGUUUUUCUUAUAACAAAAGACGUUCAGUUUAAUGCAAUUUCAUUUAUUUACACUUAGUGUAG